UAUAUAUAGAGAGAGAGAGAGAGAGAGAGAGGAGCGCAUCCUAAGGCAGAAAAGAUAUUUUUGUAUCCAUCAUCCCAUCCAAGUUUGAAGGCGUGUUUGUUGUGUGGGUGGCGUUUAGGGUUUCUCGAUCUUCGUCAAUAAUCGUCGUCUCCAUUUCAGUCAGGGUUUUAGUCUUCCUCUCCUCCCAAUACACACUGCAUACAGGGUGAUCGCUUGGAAGCAUGCGAACUUCAUGGGCUGAUUUGGCUGCCAAUUCGGCGUCUGAAAAUGCGGGAACCUCUAACUCCACAGCUCCUUCGCGGCCGGUUUAUGUGCCUCCGCAUCUGAGGAACCGUGGACCAUCAGAAUCCCUUGCUCCAGCACCUCCAUCCAAUAAUAAUAAUAAUGUGGGAUCACGGUGGGGUGCUCUGCCACCCAGAAACGGAUGGGGGAACAGAAGUGGUGGUUGGGAUCGGCGCGAAGUGAAUCCCUUCGGAGGUCAGGAGGAUGCAGCAGCAGAAGAGGAGUUGGGAGGCGAGGAGCAGCAGGAGAGCACGGGAAUUAACUUUGAUGCGUAUGAGGACAUUCCGGUGGAGACGAGCGGUGAAAACGUGCCCCCGGCUGUGAAUACUUUUGCGGAGAUUGACUUAGGCAACGCGCUUAAUCAGAACAUUAGACGCUGCAAAUAUGUGAAGCCAACGCCGGUUCAGCGGCAUGCCAUACCGAUAUCCCUUGCGGGGCGGGAUUUGAUGGCUUGUGCGCAGACUGGUUCUGGAAAGACUGCCGCAUUCUGUUUCCCAAUCAUCAGUGGGAUUAUGAGAGGCCAAGCCCAAGUCCUCCAGAGGCCGCCUCCUCGCGGUGUCCGCACAGUCUACCCACUUGCCCUUGUUCUCUCACCUACUAGGGAGCUAUCCAUGCAGAUACAUGAAGAGGCUAGGAAAUUUUCUUACCAGACUGGGGUUAGGGUCGUUGUUGCUUAUGGUGGAGCUCCGAUAAACCAACAGCUCCGGGAACUUGAGAGAGGGGUGGAUAUCCUUGUUGCAACUCCGGGAAGACUGGUAGAUUUACUGGAGAGAGCUAGAGUUUCAUUGCAAAUGAUUAGGUAUUUGGCCUUAGACGAGGCAGAUAGAAUGCUGGAUAUGGGUUUUGAGCCACAAAUAAGGAAGAUUGUAGAACAAAUGGACAUGCCUCCAGCAGCUGCCAGACAGACUAUGCUGUUCAGUGCCACAUUUCCAAAAGAGAUACAGAGACUUGCCUCCGAUUUCCUUUCAAAUUAUAUUUUUCUGGCUGUUGGAAGAGUGGGCUCAAGUACUGAUUUAAUUGUCCAAAGAGUUGAGUAUGUUCAAGAGUCUGACAAGAGAAGUCACCUCAUGGAUCUUCUUCAUGCACAGAAGGCAAAUGGUGUACAAGGAAAGCAAGCUUUGACUUUAGUUUUUGUGGAGACAAAGAAGGGAGCUGAUGCUCUAGAGCACUGGUUGUGCCGUAAUAAUUUUCCAGCAACUACUAUUCAUGGUGACAGGACACAACAGGAAAGAGAAUUGGCAUUAAGGUCAUUUAAAAGUGGCAACACCCCCAUAUUGGUUGCAACUGAUGUGGCUGCACGUGGUCUUGAUAUUCCUCAUGUUGCCCAUGUGGUUAACUUUGACCUUCCUAAUGAUAUUGAUGAUUAUGUACACCGAAUUGGAAGGACAGGGCGGGCAGGAAAGAAAGGCCUUGCAACUGCGUUCUUUAAUGACAACAAUGCAUCCCUGGCAAGGGCCUUAGCAGAUCUGAUGCAAGAAGCAAAUCAAGAAGUACCUGAUUGGCUCUCACGGUUUGCUGCUCGCUCUUCCUUUGGUGGGGGAAGGAACCGUCGAUCAGGAGGAGGCCGUUUUGGUGGCCGUGACUUUCGAAGAGAGGGUUCUUUUAGUAGGGGUGGUUCUGAUUACUACAGUGCAGGAAACAACAGUAGUGGAUAUGGCACUUCUGGUGGGUAUGGUGGAGGAUAUGGUCCUGGGGUAACCAGUGCAUGGGAUUGAUUUUCAACCUGAUAGCAUUAUAUACUGUCUUAUUAGGUAUUAGGUGCAGACAUACACCUAGGGUGAUUUUUCUCCCUUUUUUGUCUUCUUUUCAAGUUUAUGGUCUUUAAUUUACUCUUACCUUUCUAGUGUUUCAAGCCACAAUAUCAUUUUGUACGGUUUACAAUGCUAAUCACCAAAGGGAGAUGUGGGUGUGUAUGUAGCAUCAUUUCCACAUCAGUAAAGGUAGUGCAGUGUCAGUAGGUGUUGGCAAUGGCGAUUACUAACAUAUUAGGAGUUCUUUUUAACAACUUUCUGUACUCUUCAUUUUGGGUGGUUAUUUUGGUGGGAGAAAGGUUGUAGAAUAUGCGGUGGGAGAGGUGGAGGCAUUUCUUUAAAGUCGGAUCUUUUAUCUCUUGAUCAUGUUUCUACCCAAUGUAUGUUGUCAUCUUGACUUCCCCAUUUUGAUGGGCUAAGGCUUGUAAUAUUUUAGUGGUUGACUGAAAUGAAUGAAAAGUAUUCUUGCCGGAUGUUUGUAUUGUGA